AUGUCGACGACUCAACUUCGGUUGCGCAAAGAGCUCCUUAACCUAGCCAGGGAACGCUUACUUGCGGUUCAACAAGAGGAAAAUAUGGAGGCGAGUGAGAAUAUGGAGCCAAUAGUUAUCGCCGAAAAUGUGUCACUCGAAGCCUACAUCAAUUUUUGUAAAACCGAGCAAAAGCUUCCUGUCAGAAUUCGUCUCGUCGAUGGAAAAGUCAUAGCUUAUGAAGUGCCUCUCUCAAACCAUGGAAUGGUAGCAGGUGAAAUUGCAUUUUUGAUACAUUCCUGGAAUAAUCAACUACGUCAUGUACAAGAAGAGGAUCUCGUUGUGUCUCAGAAUAGUUACCUUACUGCUGAUGUUACCAUCCGACCAUUAGACCUUCCUCCAUCUCCAGCUGACCAGGAACCUAACUCAGAUGAGGGAGCAUAUCCAACAAUGGUUGUUGAAUCUUUCGACAUAUUAUUUUUCUCCACGAACGACUAUUCAAAUUUACCUUACAAUCAAACUGCUUUCCAUUCGUCAAGACGAUACAAUGCACUGCGCUACCUAUGUACAAACCAAAAUCAAAUGGUGCCAGAUGUUGUAAAAUCUUUUGGCACUGCGCCUCUCCAUCGUAAUACAAUAGAUUUUCUUUUAAAUGAUGUGGGUGUUAAAAUUACUGGUGUCGGGUUUACAGCAACUACUUGCAACGCUCCUAGUAUUCCAAAUUAUCAAUUGCAUAUUCCGACUGUUGAACUUUUCCACGGUUCUCCUAGUGGCGUCCCUGCUGGAGCAAUUAAUGGGUUUUAUUUGACUUAUGGGAAUUACAAAAUAUAG